CGAAAAACAUUCUUUUAAGGCCAACACGUGGAAACCGUCACAACAAGAUACUGCGUAGAUGAACUUACAAAAAGGGCAAGUGAGAGAGGCGAUUCCAAAAAAUUACUCAACGCAUUUUUUCGGAUUUACUUUUUCUCCCUUUCUUCAAGUAAUGCUCUAUUCCCCGAAGUUCCGAAACAAAAAAGCAGGUGGCGCUGUUUUGUUUCGCAAUCGAUACGUGAUAUCCGGUUUUGAUGUGAGUGUUGAAGACGCCAUUUUCGGGUAAAACGUUUCUGCAAUAAGGACGUGAGUGUUUUUUUUUCCCACAAUUAAUAUAUUUAAUAAAUAAGAAAACAAAAAUCAUUUAUUUCUAAUGCAAAUAAUAUUUUAUGUUAAUUCAGAAAAAAAAUCGAAAAAUAAUCGUAUGUGAGAAAAUUUAUUAUUAUCUAAACGAAUAAACGCUCGUAAUUUUUUGUUAUUUGUCGUGUGCUAAUGCGAGGCAUUUCAGAAAGUUCACCACACACAAUGGCCGAAGAUUUUGAUGUUGAGGCAAUGCUGGAGGCGCCAUAUAGAAAAGGGGAGCAAGAUACUACUUCCAAAGACAAGUCAUCCAAGGAGAAUGGAACCAGUCGCAAAACAUCUGGAAAGAGUAAACAUCGUUCGAGGAGUCGUUCAAGGUCUCGCGAUCGUCGGGACAAAGAUAGAAAAGAUCGCGACAGAGACAGAGAUCGUGAUCGUGAAAGGGAUCGAGACAGAGACAGGGACAGAGAUCGGGAUCGAGAUCGUGAAAGAGAUAGGGAUCGUGAUCGUGAACGUGUUCGUGAUCAUGACAGGGAUCGAAAACGAAGAACGCGAUCACGUGAAAGACGUGGUGGCGAUCGAGAGAGAGAUGACAAGGAUCGCGAUAGAAAAGAAAGGGAUCGUGAUCGUGAUCGAGAGAGAAGAAGAAAGAGAUCACUUACACCAAUCACACUUCCCAGAGCUCGUCCUCCAUUUGGAAGAGGUGUCAGUCCAUUAGGAAUAAGGAAUGAUGAAUUAACACCAGAAGAACGAGACGCAAGAACUGUAUUUUGCAUGCAAUUGAGUCAAAGGAUAAGAGCACGUGAUUUAGAAGAAUUUUUCUCAAGUGUUGGUAAAGUUCAAGAUGUGCGACUUAUUACUUGUAAUAAAACAAGACGUUUCAAAGGAAUUUCUUAUGUUGAAUUCAAGGAUCCUGAAAGUGUUACACUGGCAUUGGGAUUGUCGGGACAAAAAUUAUUAGGUGUUCCAAUUGUUGUUCAACAUACGCAGGCGGAAAAAAAUCGAAUGGGAAAUUCAAUGCCUAAUUUAAUGCCAAAAGGACAAACUGGUCCAAUGCGAUUAUACGUUGGUUCAUUGCAUUUUAAUAUAACUGAAGAUAUGUUGCGUGGGAUUUUUGAACCUUUUGGAAAAAUUGACAAUAUUCAACUUAUAAUGGAUCCGGAAACUGGACGAAGUAAAGGAUACGGUUUUCUCACUUUUAGGAAUUCGGACGAUGCAAAGAAAGCUUUGGAGCAAUUGAAUGGUUUCGAACUUGCUGGUAGACCGAUGAAAGUUGGCAACGUUACGGAGAGGACAGAUUUGAUGCAAGGCCCGUCUCUUCUUGAUACGGAUGAAUUGGAUCGAAGUGGCAUUGAUUUAGGCGCUACUGGAAGAUUACAGUUAAUGUUCAAAUUGGCAGAAGGAACAGGUCUAGAAAUUCCACAAGCUGCCGCUAAUGCUUUAAAUAUGGCACCAACUCUGUCAACUCCACAACCUCCACCACAAGCCGCGCCACCAAUUGCUACUCAGUGUUUCAUGCUUUCAAAUAUGUUCGAUCCACAAAAUGAGACAAAUCCAACAUGGGCGAAGGAAAUUCGUGACGAUGUAAUUGAGGAAUGUAACAAACACGGAGGAGUUUUACAUGUUUAUGUUGAUCAGGCAUCAGCUCAGGGUAAUGUUUAUGUUAAAUGUCCAUCGAUUGCAACGGCAGUGGCUGCUGUUAAUUCAUUGCAUGGUCGUUGGUUCGCUGGACGUGUUAUAACUGCCGCUUAUGUACCAGUUGUCAACUAUCAUUCACUAUUCCCUGAUGCAAUGACUGCUCUUCAAUUACUUGUUCCCAGUGCACCGAGACGAGGUAGUAUAUGAUCAUAAAAAAAAGAGAAAAACAAAUAACCUCGUCUGUGAUUUAUCGUAGUUUGACUAAUCAUUGAUAUUCCUUUCGCUACUCUAAAAAUAAAAUUCUAGUGUUAAUUUAUUUUUUUUUUUUUUUUUUUCUUCAAAAAAAAAAAAAUGGUAAAUAUUUUCAAAAUUCAUUAUAGCGAAAGGAUUAUUUACAAAUUAACGCACCAUUUAUAAACUUCACAUAAAACGUGUAUCUCACGAUUUUAUAGUGAAAUUUAUUUUUUUUUCUUUCUCUCUGAAAAAAUGACGAUUCUUUUGUGUUAUUUUUUGAAAAAUUACACUAUGUGUAAUAUUUUUUCUUUCUUUUUUUUUCCGCUAAUAUCAUUGAAAAGCACUGGAAAUUUUUGUUGACUAUAACAGUUUUUUGUUUUCCUUUUUUUUUUUUUUUUUUUUUUUUUUUUUUUUUUUUUUUUUUUAGAAGUAAGAUUACAAAUGGUUCGUAGUUUUGUUACAUUUCUACGAUGAUGAAUUAGAAUUGAGGUCUGCAGAAAAAGAAAUUAUUUAAUUGUUGUGCCAUUUUAUGAUUAAAAUAUAUUUGCGAGAAUAAACUUUGAAAAAAAAAAAAAAAUGAAGUCUGUAAUAUAAAAAAAAUAAGAAAAAAAAACUCUUAUUGGUGCUCAAUUUUAUAUUUUAAUUAGAUUUACGAAAUGUCAUUUAUUUCUGCAAAAAAGAAAUUUAAAUAAUUUCGAAAUGAAAAAACUUUUUUUGAAGAUUAAUCAAAGGAAUAAUAAUUUCGAGAAUAUUUCAAAGAUUUGUAUAUUUGAAUUUUAGAAAUUUUAUUUUUUUUCUAUAUUUAUUUCUUAACUUAGUGAAUUUUAUAAAAAUAAAUAAAACUUUUAUGUAAAUACAUUGUUUUGUAUUUAAAUUUGUGCACGAUAUUGAAAGAUGGUGUACUUAUUUGAAUUUUGAUUUAAAAGAAAAUUCAAAACCAAAUUUAAAAAUAAAUCUGCAGAUCUCUCGUAUAUGUUCUCGAAGUACUGAAGUAAACUGUAUAUAAUUUUUGUAAAUGAAUAAAAAUAGACGAAAAAUUACUUUAGGUAAUGUAUCUUUUAAAAAAAACACGGAUAACGUGGAUGUAUUCUUUUGAUUCUUCUAUAAAUCAUGUUAAUGUGAA